AUGGAAGUACACGGCGAGUUGAUCUUUCUUGCAGUGGUAAAUUUGUUCCUGUCGAUAACUGCACUUUUGGGCAACACUCUGAUCCUAGUUGCGCUUCGAAGAGAAUCAUCACUUAGUCCGCAGUCCAAACUCCUGUAUCGUAACCUGGCGAUAACUGAUUUCUUUGUUGGUAUCAUUGUGGAGCCUGCGUAUGUUGUUUAUUUGGUGUCCGUGGUGAACAAAAGACACGGAAUUUGCCAUUACGCUCGUGUGACAUGUUUGAUUGCAGCCUUUGUACUAUGUUUGGUGUCUCUGUGUACCUUGACUACAAUAAGCGUGGAACGACUUCUUCGCCUGUUACUGGUGCGCAGAUACAGACAAAUUGUCACUUACAAAGGAACAUGUAUAGCUGUAAUCGUUAUUUGGGUUUUGUGCGUUGUCGGCGCAUUAACACAAUUUUGGAAUCCUUUUGUAACUUUUCUGUGGUGCUUUAUAGUUUUGAUUCUUUGUGGGGUCACCACAAUUUGCUCUUAUUCAAAAAUUUUUUUCACUCUGCGUCGCAAUCAAGUUGAUGUUCAGAUGGAACACUCUCACGGACACCCGAUUCAAGCAAUUCCACGCAACGUAGCUCUUUACAAAAAGGCAGUGUACAGUGCACUGUGGGUGCAGGUAACAUUGUUAGUUUGUUAUCUACCAGUGGGUAUACUACGGCAUACAACCCAAUCAAGAGAGAUGUCUUUUCCGGUUUACGUUGCUAGGCAAAUCACAGUUACUUUAGUUUAUUUAAACUCGUCGUUAAACCCGAUAGUUUAUUGCUGGAAGAUCAGACAAGUAAGGAGAGCUGUAAAA